CACACUAGUACUGUUGAGUGCGGCUUGACGGUAAGACACGCGGUUGUACCGUCGCAGUGUUGUUAUUUCACAGUAGGCCGCGAUUUCCAAGUAUUUUGUCACAAGUGUUAUACGUGUGUAAAAUUAUUAUUAUGAAAAACCAAAACAGUUGCGUGGCAUCCGAGGAAAGUCGGCCAUCACUCGAACCGCCCGCCAACGCGGGUUACAUAGACGAUACGGCCGACGACCGCGUUAACGAGCCGGUGGACGGCGCCCAGGCCACGGAAAAGACACAAACGUCCGACCAACUUCCGGAAGUCGAAGAUAAAGUAACCAGCGACCAUGAUAUUGCAGAAGUUAAAGAUAUAACAAAAGAAAUUAAAGACAAGCCGACCAAGAAAAUAAAAAAAAACAAAAAACAAGAGAAAAAAGAAAUGAAGAAAAUGAGAAAAAUUAAAGAUCAAGAGGCAAUAGCUGAACACGAAAAAAUGUGGCUUACAACUAAAGAAGCGAGCGUCAUGAGCUCAGAAGAAGUGAUAUCUAGGUUAAGAGUUAAUUUUCGAGCUGGAUUGUGUCGGAAAGAAUCAGAAUUCCGAAAGCAAAUAAUCGGCUAUAAUGAAUUUUCUGUUCAUCAAGGAGACUCGUUGCUUAAAAAAUACAUAGAACAAUUUAGAAAUCCAUUGAUACUCCUUUUAUUAGCAUCGGCUCUCGUCAGCGUCUGCAUGAAACAAUUUGAUGAUGCCUUCAGUAUUACAACAGCUAUAAUUAUUGUAGUAACAGUUGCGUUCAUACAAGAAUAUAGAUCUGAAAAGUCAUUAGAAGAAUUAACUAAACUUGUUCCUCCUACAUGUCGAUGUUUACGUGAACAACAGUUGGAAUCAAUGUAUGCAAAAUAUUUAGUACCCGGUGAUAUUGUUUAUUUAAGUACUGGCGAUAGAGUUCCAGCUGACAUACGGCUUUUUGAAGCUAUAGAUUUAGCAAUAGAUGAGAGCAGUUUUACUGGAGAGACCGAGCCUUGUAUGAAAACUACCGAUUUAGUAUUGAAUCCAAUGAGUCAUACGUCAAUGAAAAAUAUAGCUUUUAUGGGUACGCUAGUACGUUGUGGAAACGGAAAAGGUAUUGUAGUCAACACUGGAGAAAAAUCAGAAUUUGGAGAAUUGUUUAAAAUGAUGCAAAGUGAAGAAGCACCCAAAACUCCUCUGCAAAACAGUAUGGAUAUACUAGGUACUCAAUUGUCGGUGUACUCGUUUUUUAUUAUCGGUCUUAUCAUGGUACUUGGUUGGAUUCAGGGCCGUCCAAUCUUAGACAUGUUCACAAUUGGUGUUAGUUUGGCCGUAGCUGCAAUACCAGAAGGAUUACCAAUAGUGGUCACUGUUACGUUAGCUCUUGGCGUUAUGCGUAUGGCUAACAGAAAAGCAAUUGUUAAAAAGUUACCAACAGUUGAAACUUUGGGAUGCGUUAAUAUCAUAUGCUCUGACAAAACUGGCACUAUUACAAAUAAUGAAAUGACCGUAACCACAAUUAUUACUUCAGACGGGUAUUACGCUGAUGUGUCCGGCACUGGUUACAAUGAUCAAGGCGAAGUUCAGUUGUUGAAAUCGUUUACUUCGGACACAGCUAAGCAAUCAAUUUAUAAUUUACUUGAAGUAGGAGUUGUAUGCAACAAUGCAGUUAUUAAUGGAGACACAUUACAAGGACAACCUACUGAAGGUGCUCUAUUGGCAGUUGCUAUGAAGAAUAGAAUGUAUGGUGUCUGUGAUAAGUAUAUAAAAUUGCAAGAGUAUCCAUUUAGUUCGGAGCAAAAACUUAUGGCCGUUAAAUGUGUAAACAAAUAUGAUGAUGUAAAAGAAGAACUUUAUUUUGUCAAAGGUGCAUUGGAAAAAGUAUUGAAACAAUGUACUAAGUAUGCUGUGGGAAAUGAAAAAGUAUUAUUGAACGGCAAAAGGGAACAAGAAAUAUUUGCUGAAGCGUACGAAAUUGGUAGAAAAGGUCUUCGUGUAAUUGCAUUAGCUAAAGGAGAUUCCUUACAAGAUUUAGUAUAUUUGGGCUUAGUAGGAAUUUGUGACCCUCCAAAACCGUUAGUUCGUGAAUCUAUUGAACAUCUAUUUAACUGUGGAAUCAAAGUCAAACUAGUUACCGGAGACGCUCAAGAAACUGCCGUAGCUAUAGGAAGCAUGAUUGGGCUGGACAUGAUACAUGGACAGACGUUGUCUGGUCAGCAAAUAGAUAAUAUGUCCGACCACCAACUUAAAGCAAUGGUCAACAAUGUUUCUGUUUUUUAUCGUGUCACACCACGACACAAACUUACAAUUAUCAAGGCGUUACAAUCGAAUGGAAACGUGGUCGGCAUGACUGGCGAUGGUGUCAACGAUAGCGUAGCGUUGAAAAAAGCGGACAUUGGAAUUGCUAUGGGCAAAAAUGGCACAGAUGUUUGUAAAGAAGCGGCAGACAUGAUACUGGUCGAUGACGAUUUUCAGACAAUUGUUGCAGCUAUUGAAGAAGGAAAAGGAAUAUUUUUCAAUAUAAGGAAUUUUGUUCGAUUUCAGCUUAGCACUAGCAUUGCAGCUUUAUCAUUGAUUGCAUUAGCCACAUUGCUCAGAAUACCUAAUCCUUUAAAUGCAAUGCAAAUAUUGUGGAUUAACAUCAUAAUGGAUGGACCACCAGCUCAAAGUCUUGGAGUUGAACCGGUCGAUAAAGAUGUCGUGAAACAAGGUCCUCGAAAUGUGAAAACACCAAUGAUUACAAAGUCGCUUAUAAUGAAUGUCCUUCUAUCAGCGUCAAUAAUUAUUGUCGGAACACUUUGGAUUUUUAAACGAGAAAUGAGCGACAAUGAAGUAUCCAAAAGGGACACAACUAUGACUUUCACCUGUUUUGUCUUUUUUGACAUGUUCAAUGCUUUAAGUUGUCGAUCGCAGACAAAAUCAGUAUUUACAAUAGGUCUAUUUACAAAUAAAAUGUUUUUAAUUGCCGUCACACUGUCUAUCGUCGGACAAAUGCUGGUGAUUUAUUUUCCGCCGUUACAAAAAGUAUUUCAAACUGAAGCGCUCACGUCGUAUGAUAUGUUGCUUUUAUUGGGGGUAACUUCGAGUGUUUUUAUUGUGUCGGAAGUAAAAAAAUUAAUUGAACGGCAAUUACAAAGAAGGUUAACAAGAACGCCUAGAAAACAAAUGGCAUUCGUAUAAUAUAUAAUUUUGCACUGAUACACAUUGUAUAUCAUUUUUAAUUAAAAAAAAAAAAAAAACAAAAGUGGUAUUCAACUUUUAAAUAUUGAAAUGACAAUCGAGUUGUCAUUGUGACACAUUCGUGUUUGUUUUUUUUUUGACGUGUCAAUUUUAGUGCAAUAUAAAUCUCAUCUUUCUAUUGGUUGUGUAUUUUAAUAUUUUAGUUCCUUAUAUGUAAUGAUGACUUAAAUACUUAUUAUUAAUAAUUAAGUCCAAAGGUUAAUUAUUAAUAAUUAAACAUAUUUUUACUUUUAU